AUGUCGUCCGCAAAUGCGCCUACCAGCGCUGCCCCUGGCGCUGGACCAGUCACCAUGGAUGGAUCCGCCUCCGGCGCUCUUCGCGAAGCGCGCAUCGCGACGCACUCGCAUAUCAAAGGACUUGGUCUGAGCGACGAUGGCACUGCGCUCCCCUCGGCGCAAGGAUUUGUCGGCCAGAAGAUGGCCCGUGAGGCUUGCGGUCUCGUGCUCGACCUCAUUCGCAUGAAAAAGUUCGCGGGCAAGGCGCUCCUCCUCGCCGGAGGUCCUGGUACGGGCAAGACUGCUCUCGCUCUGGCGGUGUCGCAGGAACUCGGUCAAAAGGUGCCCUUCUGCCCAAUGGUCGGCUCGGAAGUCUACAGCUCCGAGGUCAAGAAGACCGAGGUAUUGAUGGAGAACUUCCGAAGGGCCAUCGGGUUGCGCGUGCGCGAGACCAAAGAGGUCUACGAAGGCGAGAUCACCGAGCUGACGCCGACGGAAGCAGAGAACCCGCUCUCGGGCUAUGGCAAGACCAUCGCCCACGUUGUGAUCGCACUCAAGACCGUCAAGGGCACCAAGCAGCUCCGACUCGACCCCAGCAUCUACGAGAGCAUCAUGAAGGAGCGCAUCAGCGUCGGCGACGUCAUCUACAUCGAGGCCAACACCGGUGCCGUCAAGCGAGUUGGCCGAAGCGAUGCAUACGCCACCGAAUUCGACCUGGAGGCGGAAGAGUACGUGCCGCUGCCCAAGGGAGAGGUCCACAAGCGCAAGGAAGUGGUUCAGGACGUCACCCUUCACGACCUCGACAUGGCCAACGCAAAGCCCCAGGGAGGACAGGACAUCAUGAGCGUCGUCGGCCAGCUCGUCAAGGGUCGAAGGACAGAGGUGACCGACAAGCUGCGUGGCGAGAUCAACAGGGUCGUGGACAAGUACAUCGAGCAGGGCAUCGCCGAACUGGUGCCCGGUGUCUUGUUCAUCGACGAGGUGCACAUGCUCGACAUGGAGUGCUUCACCUACCUCAACCGAGCGCUCGAGUCGACCAUCAGCCCACACGUGAUCUUGGCCACCAACCGCGGUCAGUGCAUGGUGCGCGGUACCGAGUACGAGGGUCCUGCCUCGGGCACUGGCAUUGUGGCUCCGCACGGCAUUCCCCUCGACUUGCUCGACCGAUGCAUGAUCGUGCGCACCAUGCCGUACGAGAAGGACGAGAUCCGAGAGGUGCUGCGAUUGCGUACCAAGGUGGAAGGCCACUUGAUCGCCGAGGAUGCGCUCGAGAAACUCACGGAAGAGGGCGUACGAAGCUCGCUCAGGUUUGCGCUCCAACUUCUGAGCCCGUCUUCGAUCCUCGCCAAGACCGCAGGUCGAUCCGAGAUCACCACCAAAGAUGUGGCGGAAGCCAACGAGCUCUUUAUGGACGCGCGACGAUCCGCAAAGGUGCUCACGGCGACCAGCGAGACUGCCGAGGCGGUGCCGAUGGAGACGUCUUGA